GCUGCGCGUGCGCCGGCAGUCGGUCGGGUGGUGCGGAACUUCGCACAUGGGAAACAUUUGGAAAUUUUCUCUUGUUAUUUAACUUUGGAAUAUAUGGUUCUAUGUGGUUAUUUUUUACUGUGAAUUGUAUCCUGUAUUAAAGGCAAAAAGAAGUUUUCGAUAUGGUGAAACAAGGUUCGUGCAUCGUGUGCCUAUCCCCGGCCAUACAGAAGUGCUCCGGGUGUCAGAACGUCCACUACUGCUCGAAGGAGCAUCAAAAGCAGGACUGGAAGCAGCACAAGUUCCAGUGCACGCCGGCCAGGGUCAAGGAGGACGAGAAGUAUGGGAGGUACCUGGAGGCUUCCAGGGAUAUCAAAGCUGGUGAUAUCCUGCUGAAAGAGUCGCCCCUUAUUACUGGUCCUGCUCAGGUCACACCGCCAGUAUGUCUCGGCUGCUACAAGCUUCUAGAAGAAGGAAAGGUCGUGACGUGUGAGAAGUGCGGCUGGCCCUUCUGCUCAGCUGAAUGUACUGUCAAGGAGGAGCAUGAUCCUGAGUGCUACUAUACACAGGAAAAGGGAGAAAAGGUCAACAUCACUACCUUCGGUCUCCCUCACCCCAACUACCAGUGCAUCACAGUUCUCCGCUGCCUGUACCAACGCGACCACAACGAGAAGCUCUGGAACAAACUCCAGGCGCUGCAGAGUCACUGUGAGGAUAGGAAGGGCACAGACAAGUGGAACAAUGACAAGAAGAUGAUUGCUGACUUCAUUUGGAAGUUCUUUAAGCUGGAGGGCAAGUUUAGUGAGGAGGAGAUCAUGAAGUGCUGCGGAAUUUUGCAGAUCAACGGUCACGAGGUGCCUCUGCUGGAGCCGGAGUACGUGGCGCUGUUCGACCGCGUGUCCAUGGUGGAGCACAACUGCCGCGCCAACUGCAACAAGAGCUUCACCUCACAGGGCGAUAUCAUCCUGUGCGCAGGAGUGAACAUCCCCGCGGGCUCUCACAUCACAGUGUGCUACACAGACCCGAUGUGGGGCACCGAGGCGCGCCGCCACCACCUCGCUGACUCCAAGUUCUUUGAGUGCACAUGCGACAGGUGCUCCGAUGUCACUGAACUCGGCACCAUGUAUAGUGCUGUUAAGUGUAAGAAGAAAGACUGCAAAGGCUACCUGCUCCCAGACACAUUCAUCCUACCCAUCUUGCACAAGACAAAAAACCCGGAUCCCGAGACACGCAACCUAGAUAACAAGUUCUGGAAGUGCAACUGCUGCCAGGACGCCGUGUCUGACGCCAUCAUACAGCAGCUCGUGCAGGACAUCGGACGGGAGCUCAGCAUCAUGCCUAAGGGAGAUCCUGAGGCUUGCGAAAGAUUCAUCGGUCACUGCAGCAGCUACCUGCACCCGUCUCACUUCUACAUGACGGACGUGAGCUUGGCGCUCGCACAGAUGAUCGGCCAGGAGGUGGAGCAAGGCCUCGCCAUGGUCACUGACGAUCGGCUCCUGCUAAAGACGCAGUUAUGCAAGAAGAUCGCUGAACUGCUUGAGACUUUGGCUCCUGCUGAAACGCGUCUUCGAGGCACUUUACUGUUUGAGCUUCACGCCGCUAUUGCUGAAACUGGCAGGAGGCAAGCUCUUGUCGACGGACCCAUGACUCUCCUUGGAUAUGUCAGCGAUUCGCGUAAGAUCCUGUCAGAAUCAGCUCAGCUGCUCCGUCACGAGCCACCAGAGCUGCCAGAAGGUCGGCUGAACCGUCAGGCGAGGAUCAACCUAAUGCAGAUGGACGAACUCAUCAGGAACCUGUCCGCUGCACUACCGUCACCUUUGUAGACUUCAAUAAACAUUUUAUACUGAUUGAUAA